GACAGCCACCCCAAACAUCAGGCCUCGCUAACACACAUUCUGGUAGCUGGGCCGCCACAGACUCUAAGAACCUUUUCUUUUCAAUCAGGAAAACAAGAAAUGGCUGAGACCUCACUGCUAUCCUCUGCUGCCCAGAUAGCACACCAGGAAUGGGCACUGCAGUCCAGAAAGAACAAGAAAAUGGGACACAAGUGGAUAGUCUAACAUUAGCCUCCAGGAACACUGACUUUGCCUUCAGCCUCUACAAAAAGCUGCUUUUGAAGAAUCCAGAUGAAAAUGUCGUCUUCUCCCCAUUCAGCAUCUCAGCUGCUUUGGCCUUUCUGUCCCUGGGAGCAAAAAGCAACACCCUGGAAGAAAUUCUAGAAGGUCUCAAGUUCAAUCCCACAGAGACCCCUGAGGCAGAUAUCCACUAGGGCUUUGGGCACCUCCUACACAUGCUCAGCCAGCCAGGGGACCAGGUGCAGAUCAGCCCAGGCAGCGCCAUGUUUAUUGAAAAGAGCCUGGAGGUCCUGGCAGAGUUCAGGGAGAAGGCACAGGUUCUGUACCAGGCUGAAGUCUCCAAGACCCACUUCAAGCAGUCUCAAGAGGCCACAAAGCUCAUCAAUGACUAUGUGAGGAAGCAGACCCAGGGGAAAAUCAAGGAACUGAUCUCAGCCCUGUAUGAGGAGACAUCCAUGAUGCCGGUGAAUUACAUCUACUUUAAAGGCAAAUGGAAGAAACCCUUUGACCCUCAUGACACAUUUGAGUCCGACUUCCACUUGGACCAGAAAAGGUCUGUGAAGGUGCCCAUGAUGAAAGUUGAGGACCUGACCACACCCUACUUCCGGGAUGAGGAGCUGUCCUGCUCUGUGGUGGAGCUGGAGUACACGGGCAAUGCCAGUGCCCUGUUCAUCCUCCCUGACCAGGGCAGGAUGCAGCAGGUGGAGGCCAGCUUGCGACCAGAGACCCUGAGGAAGUGGAAGAACUCUCUGAGGCACAGGAGGAUUGAUGAGCUGUAUCUACCCAAAUUCUCCAUCUCCACUGACUACAGCCUGGAGAAAAUCCUUCCAGAGCUGGGCAUCAGGGAAGUCUUCUCCACACAGGCUGAUCUGUCUGGCAUCACAGAAGCCAAGAAACUGAGAGUCUCUCAGGUGGUCCACAAGGCUGUGCUGGACGUGGCUGAGACAGGCACAGAAGCAGCUGCUGCCACGGGAUUCAAAAUAAUUCCUUUGUGUGCAAAAUAUAUAACCAUGACUAUGCGUUUCAACAGGCCAUUCCUGAUGGUUCUCUGUCACACGAAUAGUCAGAUUACCCUCUUUAUGUCGAAAGUCGCCAACCCCAAGUGUGCCUAGAGCUCCCCAAGUUGUGAGGCUUCUUCCCAGGAUCCCAGGAGGAAGCCUGCAUGUGGCUCUCUGUGUGCGUCCUGGCACUCUUGCUCUGAUUGGCUAAUGUAUAUCUUGCUUAGACAGCAACAGAGACUAUCUCUGUGACUCCCACAAGCCCGGGAGCCUUCAGACUGUCACCAUCAGCCUCUCAGGCAUCCUGGGAGUACCUGCUCAUGUUUCUGAAUCCGGAACCUGUCUUUAUUCUUCUACCCUUUCUGCCACUUUGUGUUCUUAUGCCCUAAACCUAGGCACUGAAAGUAGGUCUAGUCCCAGUAUAGGCUCUGGGCUCAUCUGCCUUCAGCUUCCAUAGUCUUGAUGGGACCAUGCAAGCUUAUAGGCCAAAUCAUGAGGACCACUGAGAGGAGAGCCUGCUGCGCUGAAUCUCAUUAACCUGCUGCCAAGUUCAUAGGUUAUGCUUUAACUUCUCCAGGCUCUGCUAUGCACUGUCCCUUGCAAGGUCUCCUGACCCUGCCCUCAUCUGGCACACUGUUGGAGCCCUCACUCCUGCAGCUGCAUGGGGUCUUUUGGUCAGAACAGCUUCUUUCCCCCUAGCGCUCCUAUGUAGGUCAGAGGAGCCAUUUUCUAAGCUCCCAGCUAACCACCCUCAGAUGAUAGAUGGACACCUCUGUUUUCAUCACCCAAAAUGAAGAGGUAGGAGCACAGGAUCAAUAAAUAUGUACCUGCACAGAAAGUGGAAAGCUGUGUCCACUCACAUCCUGUCGACAGGGCUGUGGCCUCUGACCUAUGUGCUAUUAUCAGCCCCUUUUAUGGAUGAGGAAACUGAGGCACAGAGAGAUUAGCCAUUUCCCCAUGGCUACAUUGUUAAACAUUAUGGUAUCCCAGGUUUCCUGAUGCCACUGGAACCAUAUUCACCAAGUCGGGAGUCUAC